CCGCUGCUUUUGUCUGUUUAGAGUCGACCCACAAAAAAGAAGCAGCUGUUAGUAGCAAAGUUUAGGUUAAAGUUUUCCGCCGGCCAGUAAACAAUACAUUUAAACAGAUUUACUAACCUUGUAUUCCUUGGAAGUGAUCUAAGGACCAUGGCAGACAGAUCUUUGUGUAACUGAUGAGGAUCAACAGUAAUGGACAUGCUUGCCGGUUAACAUCCAGUCAAUGUCUGAGGGCCUGUAGCUAUGGGGACACCGUUCACAAUUGAUGACGCAUUUGUCCUGGAGGGGGAGGAGGAGGAGGAAGGUGUGGUGCCUGGAGAGGAUGUGGGGGAAUGGAAGGGGAGAGAGAAGGACGGUGGGGGAGAGAUGACAUUUGGACCUCUCUCUUUUGCCAAAGCGCAAUCCCAUCCGUCUGGAUCCGCUGGCACUCCCGAACACAGUAAUCUGAAAUAUCAGAACCUGGAAAAUGAAGAUGCUUUAGGUGGCACUGUGAACUCUUCUUUCAACAACUUCUUCAAAAUCAGUGAUCCUGCUACUCUGUCCUACUGCAGCUCUCAGUGGUCAUUCAGCACACUCAGCUCAGUCACACAGCUGUCUGCUCACUGCUGCGGGUGGACGUCACACCCACUAGUGAAGAAGAACAGACGAGUCGUUCUCGCAUCGUUCCUCCUCUUAAUCACUGGAGUUGCUUUGAUCUUUACAGGCAUUGUCAUACAGUUAAACCCUCACGCAGGUGUUUCAAGUGCAAUUUUCUUCGUUCCUGGAUUUCUUCUCUUCAUUCCUGGUGUGUAUCAUGUGAUCUAUAUAAGCUGUGCAGUUCGGGGACGAAGAGGAUUCAAGUUCUUUUAUUUGCCGUACUUUGAGAAGUAAACUGUUUCUCUUCACAUUAUCCAGACGGUGGUCUGGAUUGCCUAUCAUUUCACACCACCCUCCCCCCCCAAAAAAAAAAAAUGAAGUGAGGGGAUGACCUAUUUUUACAACCUCAGUUACUAGUGGUUUUCUAAACAAUUUCUUAAUUUUUGUAAAAGCCUAAAAGCCAGUCUGUAUACAGGUCUAAGUAUAACUUCUACAGAAAAAAAAAAUGCAUCAGCAAAGCUUUAACUGUGAUUUAGAAUGUCACGCACAACAAUAUAGUCUUACUUCAUAAGAAGACACAGACUGUAUUAAAACAUCUAAGUUCAUAGAAUUUGCCUUUUAUAUUAGCUUUGCUCCACUCUUGUUAUAUGUCCUUAGUUCAGUAAAACAUACUUGGAUUUCAGCAAGGAGCAUUAUACUAAGCUUGUUAUGUACAAAGUUUUGUUAUAAAUGGAGCACCAUUAAUAACAUUAAAUGCACACCACUAGCCUUGUACAGUAAAAAAAAUGAAAUCAUAGACAAAAUGAAUGACAUGAAGAAUGAAAAUCUCAGUCUAAGAAAACCAAGAAUGCAUUUUAUCAUUUAUGCCACUGCAUACUAAGCAGUCUGAAUUGUAAAUCAUUUUCACUUAUCUUCUGUCUAUUGUAAAAUUAAGCAAGAUACAGCAACCAAAGUGAUUUGCUUUUCUACUGCACAUUCAUCUUUUUAACUAGUACCACUAACACUUUGAACCACUGUUUUUAGUGUACAUCAUACAAAUGAGUUUUGAAGAGAUUUUGUAUUGUUUAAUGUUUUUUAAUCAUCAAGACACUACAAUAAAAACUGUUUUUAUAUUUGCUUUUAAA